CUAAAUGCGGUGCUCCGUGAACCCUCGGUAGUGGAAGUGUGAACUAGUGUUGGUGUUUCUGACAGAGAACUCUUCUGUCAAAUAGAUCCUUUUCUUCGUCAGAGCUUCAUGUCCAGUUUUGCAUGAACUCCAGGGGGAUGUUCAGAAGUGUUCUCAGGUGCCUUAGGAUCAAUCCAGUUGCUGGUCAUAGAAGUAUGUCUCAAAGCAGCUUAACUGGGAAAGUGGCCAUCGUCACUGCCUCCACAGAUGGAAUCGGUUUGGCUGCAGCUCAGGCUCUUGGUAAGAAAGGAGCCCAUGUGGUGGUGAGCAGCCGACGCCAGGCCAACGUAGACAGAGCUGUGGCGCUGCUGCAGAGCCAGAGCAUCCAAGUGACCGGGACCACCUGCAACGUUGGCAAAGCAGAAGAUCGAGAGAAACUAGUCGCCCUGACCCUGCAGAAGUACGGUGGCGUUGAUAUCCUUGUGUCAAACGCAGCAGUCAACCCUUUCUUUGGAAACACCAUGGACUCCACAGAGGAGGUCUGGGACAAGAUUCUGUCCAUCAAUGUGAAAGCAUCCUUCCUCAUGACCAAGUUGGUGGUGCCUCAUAUGGAGAAGAGAGGGGGUGGAAAUGUAGUGUUUGUGUCAUCUGUGGCUGGAUACCAACCAAUGCCGGCUUUGGGUCCGUACAGCGUCAGUAAAACCGCCCUACUGGGCCUGACCCGGGUGUUGGCUCCAGAACUGGCUCCAAGUAACAUCAGAGUCAACUGUGUGGCCCCAGGAAUUAUCAAGACUCGCUUCAGCUCUGCAUUGUGGCAAAAUGAAGACAUUAUGGAUGAGUUCAAAAAGCAGAUAAGCAUGAGAAGAGUUGGAGAACCAGAUGAAAUUGGUGGAGUGGUAGCGUUCUUGUGCUCUGACGAGGCUUCAUACAUCACUGGAGAAACCAUCACAGUGACCGGAGGGAUGUCCUGCCGACUGUGAAGCUUCUGAAGCCCCGCCCCCAACUCAUUUGCACAUAAUUGUUUAUUUGUAGAUAAAUUAUGUCAUAAUUUUCUUCCAGCAUUCUUCUGAAGCUACUAAAUGGAGGUAUUUUUGUGCCAAAAUCUAAACAAAAUGAUUUACAAAUGCCUUUAUUUGAUUGGAAAACUCAAAAUGUACCUAUCAGACAUAUUUCUGAUGCAUUAUGUCAGUCUGAAGUCACUCCAAUAGUAAAAUUACCAGAUAAUACAGACUGUAAUAUUUCAAGAUUAAAGUUGUUAUAUAUACAUGUUUAAAUCAUAUUAAAAGAAUUGAGUAAAAAGUCAUAAGUCAAAAUAUUUCAAGAAUCAAGACUAUAUUGCAAGAAAAAUAUGAUAUUGAACGUUAAUGUUGAGAAAAAGUAAAUGAUGAGAUUAAAGUUGUAUUUUAAGAAAAAAAGUCAUGAUUGACCAGAAUUUCCUCAUAAUUUGAGAAAAAUGUCAUACAACAAAAAAGCAAAACAACACAAUGAAAAUGAAAACUUUCACAAAAACUACCAGAAUAAAGUUGUAACAUUUCAAAAGUCACAACUUUACAAGAAUCAAGUCAUAAUUUAACUAUGAAAUAAUCAUGUAGAUUAAAACGACAAGUUUUUCUUCAAUACUUGUCCUCAGUGUGAA